UGGUUUCAAUGGAGCUACGAUCAACUUAAGCUUACGAUGCUUUUGGGAAACUCUGCCCAGGACAGUUGCCCUCCAGGAGCAGGAUUGGAGACCCCUGGCCUAUACUGUAUAAUAGAUAUAAAUGUUUCCCUAUUCUAUAAUUCAGGAAUUCAGUUUGCUGGAAAAUUUCUAUUUACAAUUUCCCAAUUUCAGUAGGAAUGCUUUUUAUGUUGGGGAGUAAAAUGUAGUAAUUAUCUCCAUGCUGUACAAAUUAAAUUUGACUGUAAAGAGGUGAUGCUCUAUUAUUAAUUCAGUCAUUCAUUGCAUCUCUAGAUACUUAAAUUGUGUGUAGAAUUUGUUACAACAAGAAAAACAAAACUCGUUCUUAUUGAGUGAUUUAAGUAAUGAACACAUUUACUUGUGUGCACAUGUAUGUUAAAUGAACAUGUUCCUAGACAUUCCCCAGGAUUCACGGACUGGAGAGGAAUACACCGUUGAUGCUGUAGAGAAGAGAGAUGUUGUUGGCAUGCUGUAUUGUGAGUUACAGUGUAGUUUUCCUAUGAUUUGUGAUCUGUAAACUGUAUAUUCUUUAAUUCGCUAACUUUGUAAAGUGACCUCAUUUUGACUUUGUGUUCCACCUGUUGUAUUUUUCGUUUUGUCUCUUUAUUGUGGUAUUUGUGUUGCCCUUUUUUCUGUAAAUAUUGUAUAAACAUAAUUUUACAUUUAUUACUGAAACCGUACGGAUUGGGUGCCUUUUUCUUUUAUUUAUUGUAUAUUUUAUUUAUGGUAUAGCAAGGGAGUUAGGUAAAACCCAUAGAUAAGACUUAUAGGGUUUAUUUAGUUGUAAGUGGGUUUAGUCAGUGGCUGUUUGUUUGUUUAUUUAUUUAUUGUUUUGGCUUAGCCCAGCCCUGAAGAUUUGAAGAUUUACUUCAUUUUUGUUUUUAAUGAAACUGAAAGAAAAAGACAAAUUGGUUAAUGUUAAAAUGUUAUUUAUGUUGCUUCCUUAAAUCUUCAAAUCUUUUUAUAAUGAAUAUAAUGAACUUUAAAAUGAAGUCAAGAUUUAUAUUAAAGUCAACAUCAGUAAUAUGCAAGUUGAAGGAGUCCAGAAAGUUAUACAGUUGCAGCUGUGUAUAUGUUAUUUUUUUAAACCGAAUUAAACAUGUUUGGGGAGAUAAACUUGUUUUAAUGUCAGUCAAGAUAACAGCUUGUCGAGGUUUUGUAUAAUUUAUGAGGUUUAAAUAGUUUAAUAUGGUUUCCGCCAGUAGAGGGCGUUCGUGCAACCGAAGCAAAGAUGCAGAAUGCUUGAUUUAUUCAUUUAGCAUUUGGUUUAAAGGAAAAGAAAGCUUUUUUUAAAGAUAAUAUUAAGUGCUCACAGAAGAGAUGAUUUUUCAGCUGUCUUUUGAAUAUUGCCAGGGAUUCUGCAUUCCAGAUGGAGGCGGGGAAAUAAUUCCACAAGGACCAGUGAACAAAAACGUUCUGCUACAGCCCGCAGUCAUUAUGCUUCUCACAUUUAAUGAUCGCAGGCUUCUGGUAUUUCUUUGUCUCUAAUUUACACACAUUCACACGUUUAAUCGAUGUCUGAUUACAGCAAUCAACCCUCUUCAAUAUUCUUUCAGCUCCUCUCUAAACUGAAUUUAUAGUUGAAUAGAUAGUUUAACAGUGCUGGAAUAGAGCUCAUUUCUGAUAAUAACACCACUUUUGAGAAGGUAAAUUCAUUGUUUGUUUGCAGUGUUGGGAGUAACGCAUUACAAAAGUAAUGCAUUACAGUAACAUAUUACUUUUUGCUGUAACACAGUAUUGUAAGGCAUUACUAAUCAAUUUUCAGUAAAAUUUUACUGUCUAGUGAAGGCGGGUUUAGAUCGGGUUUUACAGUAGAACCGCAAGGCUAAUAGCCCAACAGUGGAAACGUGGCAUGAAUUUGGCCUCUGUGCUUGCGCUGGCCAGUGGAAAAGUGGCUAAUGGGUGAAGAUUCCCAAAUUUCUAUAUAUCCUAAUUAAUGUUAAUAUGUAAUAUGUCAUCCUUUCUUCCAUUGCCUUGAGCCUUCACUUUGCCAAUUAUAAGCUAUAUUGUUAGUAGCCUGGAUAGCCCACAGUCAUUAUGCUACAUCAUAUCGCCCUCUACUGGAUGUAAAAUGCUCUGCAGUACAUUUCGUCAUUUUAGAAUGUAAAAGGGUCAUGAAACCCCAAAAGACAUUUUCUACUUCUGUAGUUAUUUUGGUGAAAGUAACUUUGAGUAGUGUAACUUAUUACAAUUCUGAGACAGUAAUAUUGUAAGGUAAAGAAUUACUUCUAAAUAACAAUAAUAAGUAAUCUAUAAUGUAUUACAGUUUGGAAGUAACUUGGAAGCACAACACUGUUUGUUUGUCAGCCUGCUGCAAGAAAGUGUUUGAACAUAAAUCUAUCUCUCAGAUAAAACAUUCUGGGAACAAUUAAUGUAACAUUGUAUCAUUAUUUCACACAUCUGUUAUGUAAUUUUAAUAUUAGAUUAUUUAAUAUUAUAUAAAACUUUGUAUUAAAUAAAUGAUAUGUAAUAUUAUAAACUAUGUACAAACUAGUUUUGAUUAAAUGUCAAGAUUUAUGUUCUAUUGAGAUACAAUAUAGUCACAAUCUAUUCUAUUUGCUGUUCUAACUGAGCUUACUUCUGUCAGUGGAGUGCAUUAUAUGAUUGUGAAUUUGAAUGUGUAUAUUUAUGUUUUUUCCAUUUUUAUGUAUUUUUCCAUUUAAACUUAAAAGAUGUGACCAAAAAAGGUCAAUUCAUUCAUGGAAUGAUUUUUGAAACAACUAUUUGAAUAAAACAUUUCCACCUGAAUAAUCCAGAGCAAUUGUAAGUGUGAUGAUCAUCUGCUAAAUGAGCAACAGCGACCACAAUUCACACCUUCAGUCAGUGAAGCCACUCCCACAGCCGUUCAUGAGAGUUUAAAUGCUUGGGAAUAUUCCCAUCUUCCCACAGGAGUAGAAGAAGCAAGCAGGAGGAAUUACUCCAGGAGAAACUACUGACAUACUAUUGUACAGAUGGAGUUUGAGGAAGAACCCUGCAGAAUGAGAGAUGAAGUUACAGAGGAACAAAUAGACCAGAUGGAAGUGAAUGAAGACAAACAGCAUACAUUUCAAAAACAUCAUUGCACAGAUGAAGAUGGAAAUGCAGUAGUUUUACAGACUGAAAAGAAUUUCAAACAAAAACUUGGAGGGAAAACUGGAGUCAAUGCAUCUUUCACCUGCUCUGAGUGUGGAAAGAAUUUCAGACUGAAAGGAAACCUUACAGUGCACAUGAAAUCUCACACUGGAGAAAAACGGUUCACAUGCACUCAGUGUGGAGAGAGUUUCGUACAUAAAUCAAAGCUCAAUAGACACAUGAGAAUUCACACUGGAGAAAGGCCUUAUACAUGCUCUCAGUGUGGGAGCAGUUUCAUGUACAAUGGACACCUAAAGGAUCACAUGAGAAUUCAUACUGGAGAAAAACCGUUCACAUGCACUCAGUGUGGAAAGAGUUUCAGGUGCAAAAACUUCCUUGAAAAUCAUCUGCGCAUUCACACUGGAGUGAGAUCAUUCAGCUGUGAUCAGUGUGAUAAAACUUUUGUUUUUCCAUCAUGCUUAAGAACACACCUGAAAGUUCAUGCUGCUGUGAAGCCUCACUUUUGUUCUUUUUGUGGAAAGAGUUUUACACUACUGGAUACUUUAAAAGUGCAUGAGAGAAUUCAUACUGGUGUGAGACCUUAUACAUGCUUUGACUGUGGGAAGAGUUGUAGUACAUUGGGCAACUUAAAGUCACACCAGAGAAUUCAUACUGGAGAGAAACCAUAUAAGUGCUCACACUGUGGAAAGAAUUUCACUCAUAGAGGAACCUUGAAAACACAUGAGAGAAUUCAUACUGGAGAGAAGCAUCAGUGCUCUUCAUGUGGGAAGAAUUUCACUCACUUAUCUAAUUUACUGGUUCAUAAGAAAAAGCAUUGCUCAAAUGUGUCUAAGUGAGCUUUCACAACUGAGUUUCACAAUCAUAUCCAUGAUUUACAAGUAAAUAAUUUGAUAUUCAGAUUAAGAAAAAGUUGGAAUUGUGAGUCAAUGGCAACAAUAGCCGUUAUCCAUAUCACAAAAAACAAAAAAACAAACAAAAAAAAAAAACACUUGUUUUUAGUCUUUCUUUUUAGAAGUGAUGCAUUAAGAACAUACUUGAAGACUUUUUUGCAUUGGAAUCACUGAGAUUCUGCCCAUUGUGUGAAUUAUAAGUGCCCGAAAGUCCCAAAUAUCCUUUCUAACUGAUAUAGGCCUGUUAUACUGCAAAUUACACUAUAUGCCAAUGCCUGUACAAGACAAGCUAAGACAAGCCCAGACUUACAGCAGGUGAACGCUGUUUAUAGGAGGAGAGUCUGAAUGUCAUUAUUAGGUUCUGGAGUUCUGCUUGUUUGUUCCUGUGAGUGAUUGAUUACAAAGUCAUUUAACUAUCUUUGGAGGGAAACAGUUCAUUAUAUACUAAUCUUGUUUAUGCUGUUGAAUUCUUGUACUGAUUGCUAAGAUCUUACAUUAUAUGGUUAUACCUAUAUAUUUUGACAAAUAAUUUUGUAAAAAUGCAAUAGAAAUUAAAUCGUCAAGUUU